AUGGCGGGCGCUGCCGCUUGCUUGGCCGAGACGCGGGUGGGGCAAGUGGUAAUGCCGGGGGAAGCGUUGCUCUUGCCCGGCCAGGGCGAGGCGGACGGCGAACGGCUGCGCCUGACUACGACCGGACCGCAGAAGGGGCGGCUGGUUUGCGGGCCGGGCCUGAGACGCGGCGCCGACGGCCUGCUAGUUACCAAAUGCGGCCUGCUGCGUUACCGGGGCCAUUCCGCCCAGCCCGGAAGUGGGAGCGGAAGUAGUUCCGGGGGAACCUAUUGGGUGGACUCACAACAGAAGCGGUAUGUCCCAGUGAAAGGAGAUCACGUGAUAGGCAUAGUGACGGCCAAAGCUGGGGACAUAUUCAAACUGGAUGUUGGAGGCAGUGAGAAUUCCUCUCUCUCUUACCUGGCGUUUGAAGGGGCCACCAAAAGGAACAGGCCCAACGUGCAGGUGGGUGACGUUAUUUAUGGCCAGUUUAUCGUGGCCAAUAAAGAUAUGGAGCCUGAGAUGGUCUGCAUAGACAGCAGUGGCCGGGCAAAUGGCAUGGGAAUCAUAGGACAGGACGGCUUCUUAUUCAAGGUCUCGCUAGGCCUAAUAAGAAAACUCCUGGCUCCCGAUUGUGAAAUCAUCUGGGAUUUGGGACAACUUUAUCCUUUUGAGCUAGUGUUAGGAAUGAAUGGAAGAAUCUGGGUAAAAGCCAAAACAGUUCAACAGACUUUAAUAAUAGCCAACGUUCUGGAAGCUUGUGAACAUAUGACAGCCGAACAGAGGAAAUGUGUAGUUGCAAAACUCUUAGAAAACUGAUGGGGGGAGAGGAUGCAUGAUGAUCCACGAUAAAUUUCCAGGGAGAAAGAAAUAUAUAUAUUACAUAUUUAAAUAUUUUAUAGCUAUAUGGUUAAAUACAAAGUAAAGCUGUUACUCUGUA